AUGUCUGACAAACCCGAUAUGGCUGAGAUAGAGAAAUUCAGUAAGUCAAAAUGGAAGAAAACAGAAACACAAGAGAAAAAUCUACUGCCUUCAAAAGAAACGACUGAACAGGAGAAGCAAGCAGUGAGUCAUAAUGAGGCAUGCGCCGCCAGUAUGCACUGUACAUUCCACGACCAUUGCCUUCUUACUUUAUUUCUUUUAGCUUUUUAA